CGAACCAAUAAUGCAAUGAUUAAUUAUAGAAAGUCCAAAAUGGAAUUGAACUUCGAUAAAAUUUUCAGAAUAGCAAUUAUUUCGCAAAAAUUCAGUGGCACGUACCCAUACACGAAGAGAGACAAAAAAUGGGCAACGCACUUUAUUCUAAUGCACGGAGAGCUCACUAUAAUCUGCAUGUUAUUCAUCUACAACAUUAUCGAAUUCGAUUUAAAGGCCGCCGAUUAUUCGCAAAUGUGCCGAAACAUGUGCCUGUCCUUCGUUUACUUGGUAAUCACGCUUCUCUACAUCAACAUGCUUUAUUAUCAAAGCAAAUUGAAGAUGUUAAUUGAAACCAUGAAGGCUGAAUAUGAAAUAGCGAAGACGAUGUCAGAAGAAGAGCAAAACGUGAUACUUGAAUACGCGAAAAAAGGCCGAUGGCUUUGCCGAGCGUGGGCGAUCCUGACCACAUGUGGCAUGGCCCAGUUUUUUCUCAAGAGUAUAGUAUGCACGAUUUAUUCGGCCAUUCAGGGCAAUUUCAGAAUAGUCCAAUAUUACGAAGUGAUCUAUCCAGAAGUUAUUGAAAGACACAGGAAUAACCCAGUUAUAUUUAUAACCAUGUACUUUUGUACAUUCUUUUAUUCAUUGUAUACUUCGGCAUUGUAUACAAGCGUUUUGCCAUUGGGCCCGAUAUUCUUGCUGCACGGCUGCGCUAAGCUCGAAAUCGUCAGAUUGAACAUUAAGAACUUGUUUGAUAAUGACGAUUACGUAGUUCAAGAGAGACUUAAGAAGACCGUAAUACAAAUGCAGGAAAUAUACUGGUAA